GGCCUUCGCACUCGCUUGCUCACUCGCUUGCCCAACCGCACUCACUCGCUCGUGCUCUCUCGCACGCUUCUCGCCGCUCGUCGGCCUUCCCUUCUCACCUGCCUCCCCUCUCCCCGCCGCUCGCCGGCCUCACGCUCCCCUCUCCCCACCCCAUCGCUGACCUCACCCUCCCUCUCCCUCUCCCUCUUCCUUUCCACCACCCCGCCUCCACUCACACCCCGGAGGUAAAAAAAUCAAUCUUUUGAGCCGGCGACGAGCUUCUACUCUGGAAUAUGCAAUAGAGGCGUGGAUGUGGAGCGCCAGCGCUGGAUCUGGGCGAGGGAGGCAUGGAUGUGGAGCGGCACCCGAGCGGUGGAUCGGGAGCAGCGCCAGAGCAGUGGAGCGGCGGAUCUGGAGCAGAGUCUUCGUCCUCACGGUGCACACGUCGUCGUCUUCGUCAGAUGUCCCCACCUCGCUGACGCAUUCGAUCCGCGCAUGCUGUGUUCUCUCGUAAAACAAUCGUCAGUAGUACUUGCUCAGAAUGAAUCGUUGCUGUUGGGUGGUAAAUCUACCCGUACGUUGGGUAAUAGCCUUAUCGGUAGCUGCAACUGUAACACUGGUUGCUCUCUGCUGCUUCAUCGUUUACUGUUGUCGGCUUAGAAAAAGGCACACAAAAGGUAAAGUGAAGUUACAGGAAAAAAGUACUCACCAGUUUCAAGGAGAUGAACUUGUUUGGGAAGUGGAAGCAGAGUUGUCUGAAUUUUCAGUAUGUGAGUUUCAUCAGAUAUUAGAGGCUACAAGUAACUUUUCUGAGGAAAACAAAAUUGGCGAAGGUGGAUUUGGCCCGGUUUAUAAGGAUGAUCGACGGGUGCAUGUCAUAGAGAGAGACCUGACAGAGCCUGAUAGAAUUGUGGGUGAAUUGUUACAACCUGGAGGUUACUUGAAAUUGAUAGAAUUGGGUCUGCAGGGUUUCCCAAUUGCAAAGCUGCUGCCUUGUGACCAUGAGGUCAUGGGUUCAAGUCCUGGAAACAGCCUCUUACAGAAAUGUAGGGAAAGGCUGCGUACUAUAGACCCAAAGUGGUCGGACCCUUCCCUGGACCCUGCGCAAGCGGGAGCUACAUGCACCAGGUUGCCCUUUAUUACAGGUUUCCCAAUUGAUCAUUACACUCCAGUAAUUUCUUCUGAUGCCAAUUGUGAGGGUGAUGAUCUUGUCUGAUUGCCAUAGUUAUUGAUCUUAACAAAUUCUUCCUGAUUGAAUGUCUCCUGAUCAAUUUUACAGACUAUUGUACCUAAAAGCAUCAACAAAUUCUCCCAAUUCUGCAUUUGGCGAAAACUGAUAAGAAUUGGGAGCAGCGAGGAGUACCUGGCGAGGACCGGGCGGGGGAGCAGCAAGGAUCAGGCUGGUCAGUGCGGUUGAGAGGACCAGGUUGGUGCAGCGAGGACUAGAUUGGGAGGAGCGGUGGGGCGGCUAGGCUGGGGCAGCGGCGAUCAAAUUGGGAGCGGUGGCCACCAGACUGGGCGGAGGAGGAGGAGGAGGAGGAGCAGGCGGCGGAGGAGGAGGAGGUAGAGGGCGGAGGAGGAGGUGGCCGGACUAGCAGCUGGAGGAGGUGGAGGGCGCAGGUGGCCUGGCGGAGGAAGACUACGAGGAGGAGCCUGGCGGAGGAAGACGAUGACUCGUUUUCAAAUCAGGGGUAUUUUUGUACAUUUGCUCGUUUCCACCUGGUCUGAAAAAUCCCCCAACGACAACUAUUUCGGAACAGAGGGAGUAUUAGGUACUAUAUAUCUCACUCAUAUUAACAAUCUUACCAUCUUCUCUUCA